CGCGUCUAUUGUCAAAAUGGUUGUUUAUCAUUGAAGUCAUUCACAUUUUUUCCGAAAAAUAUACAUUUUACAAUCGAAUGAAGUAAAUUUAGUUCAUAAAUAACAAUGUGUGACGAAGACGAAGCCUUCUGCCGACUGUGCGCCGAACCAACGAACAAAGAAACGUUAAUUUCCCCAGACGACGAUGUCGGAAUCAAUUCCAAAAUAGCUUCGAAACUAUCCUGGAUAAAUAUCGAUGUUUCAACUACAGAUACUCUUCCAAAAAGCAUUUGUUUCUCAUGUUUCGACUUAUUAGAACGUACUUGGUCCUUCUUACACAACGUGAGGACCGCACAAACAAAAUUGAACGAGAUUUUCUUAAAUAAAGAUGAUAAAGAAAAUUUGUGUUCCGAGGUGAAAAAGUUACAAAAUAAUGAGGGAAAACCCGUGAAUGUGGACUGGGAAGACUUUCAGGACGUCAAAAGAGAUGUUAAACCUGAAAUUUGUGAGGAAUUGCAGAUUGUAGACCCUAAUUCGUUGUUAGAAUUAGCUUCUGUUAAAGUGGAGAGAAUAAGUGCUGAAAAUAUACUCCAAAACUCCGAUGGUUUUCACAGUACUGACUCUGACGCGCCUUUAUACAUGUCUGUUAAGAAGAAAAAGCUUAAAAAGAAAAAGAAGUUAAGGUACAACUCUGAUUUGGAUACUGAAAACAAUGCAAAUGAGAUAGAACAGGGUGCGUCUCUCACUUGGGACGAGUACAUGUGCCGAUGUGCUGACUGCGAUGCUCAAUGUAAGAACAUAAUGUCUCUACGGUUACAUGCGUUACACAUACAUUCCCGUUGUUGCACAUUCAAGUGUUCCGAUUGCGGUAAAGUGGUAAAUAACUACAAAUCUUUUGUUAACCAUGUUCGUACACAUAAAAAACUACUUAGAUACUGCUGUGAAUUUUGCAACAAGUUAUUUACUAUGGCAGCUUAUUUAAAAAAGCAUAGAAACACGUCGCAUUCAAACGCAUACAGACUGACAUGUCAAAACUGUGGUUCUGUCUUCGAAAAUGAAGAACUAUUGCAAGAUCACAUAAUAUUAUACGCAAAACCAUUCAGAAAACGGGCUGUAAAAUGUGAAAAGGAGUACGAAUUGAAAUGCGAACAUUGCAAUAAGGAAUUCAAAUCCCGGAGUAACUUACAACAGCAUAAAUUGGUACACACGGAACGUAGCCGUGAUUUCUCCUGUCACAUAUGCGGUAAGAUGUUCUUCACUAAAGGAACUUUGAGUACGCAUAUGAUGACUCAUGAAGACACGAAACCUUUCAAAUGUGAAUUCUGUCAAAUGACGUUCCGUGCUCGAGGAAAUCUACAAUCCCACAUCAGUUUACACUCUGGUGCGAAACCAUUUGUCUGCGAACAAUGCGGAAAAAGCUUCCGAGUAAAAAGACACUUAAAAUCCCACUCUAUAGUACACACGGACUUAAUGCCUUACGUUUGUGAAUAUUGUAAUAAAACGUUUAGGUUUAAAACACGUUUGAAUUUACAUUUGAGACAGCACACGGGUGCGAAACCGUAUAAAUGUAUUUAUUGUCAGCGAGAUUUCACGAAUGGGUCUAAUUUUAAGAAGCAUAUGAAACGUAGACAUAAUAUUGAUACUUCUAGAAGACGGGUUAAUAUUAUUGUUGAAAAUGAUAGAAGUAUUGAAGCUAGUGACGCAGAGGCUAAUCAAACAUAAAUAUUGUUAUAAAGUUUUUUCAGAGUACCCAAAGUAACACGGGAUCCUUGUCAUCUCCUGAGCCUUUUCUCAACUAUGUUGGGGUCGGCUUCCAGUCUAAAAGGAUGCAGCUGAGAACCAGUGUGCCACAUGGAGUGACUGCCUAUCUGACCUCCUCAACCCAGUUACCCGGGCAAUGGUAAUUUGGGUCCGCAAAUCAUAUGUCACCAUGCUGUAUCUCAUAAACCGUGAUAGCUAGACAGUUGAAAUUAUCACAGUUAAUGUAUUUCUGUUGCAGCUUUAAUGACAAAUACUGAAAACCAUAAAUAUAAUAAAUUACCAUAAAUCAUCAGUUUAAAUAUUAAACAAUAUAAACCAAAAAAGGGGUGUUGGCAUUUUUAAAAUUGACCGGCAUUUGAGAGAACUAGCUACUAUACUCAUCUGGAUAUAAUAUACCAACAAGAUUUAUCUUCAUGCCAAGUUUCAUCUAAAGUGGUUCAGCCUUUUUCAGCUACAAACAAAUAGACAAUUAGACUGCCAGUAGAACUCAGUUUUAAUUUAAAAGAUUGUUAGCUAUAUUUGUACCAUUUCUGUUAAUAGUAUUAAUUAUUUUAAUUAAAACCCAUAUACAGUACUUAGUAAGUAAAUAAAGCAAUAUUUUAUUUA